GAGCAUUACCAUUCCAGGGUGGGUAGACAACGAGCAUGGACGAGGUGUGGGAAGCCAUGAAACGAGAGAACGGGGUGAAGCUCAUGCGGCUGAAGAAGCCCAAGGCGGUCAAAUUGUCUCUGCCCAAGGCAAAGAAAGAUCCUGGCGAGCAACAAUGUCCAAGCUGUGAAGUCCCUGUGGUCGACGUCCGACAAUGCUCGACGGCGUCCAUGGAGACCGAAUCUCCGAGGAGGCUGGCUCCUUCGAUCCCUGAAAUGGAUCUCAUGUCUCCCACGGAUCUCGUGGUGACCUGCCAGCGCGAUCUCAACAGCUUGAGCGACGAGCAACAAGGAAUUCGUAAGCGCGCCGUCGAAUCGAUACAAGCCACCCUCGCUAAUGUGGAUACUGGGACCCUCCACGCCGUCUUUGUGACCUUUGCCAAACCGUUAUUCAAACGAUUCAACGAUCCUGUUGAGAAGGUGCGUGACGUGAGCGUCCGCCUGAGUAUUCGCUUCCUUACGGGGUACCCCGACCUGCUUCCUCUCCUGCCGUACCUUAUGCCAGCAGUGUCGAACCGAAUUGGCAGCACAUGGGACUACGACGAAAAACUCAAUGUUUUCGUCCGCGACGCCACGCUCCUGGCAGCGCACAACCGUGGCCGGAUCUUUGUCCCGGAAGCAGACGUCCAGCGGAUAAAACCCCGGGAACCGUCCGAGGAGGUACGGCUUCUGUUCAUCGAGCUCGUGCAGACACUGCUUCACACCGCAUUUGACCACAACGCUGCGUCCCUUCUCAACGCGUACGUGUACGACAUCAUUCGCGUGCUCGUGUACGGGCUCCACGAUUCGUUCCCAAGCGUCAUCGUCAAGACAUGCGAGACGCUGGUGCUUUUGAGUCUUAACCUGGUGUCCGUCAUCAAGCACUUUGCCGUCGCGCUGGUCCGGGCGGCCAAGCACUUGCUUGAGCAUCGGCUCGCCAAGGUUCGCGUCGCCGCCAUGCUUUGCAUCCGCACGGUCGUCAUGGUGCCAAAUGUUGACAAGUGCAAGGGCGCUGGCACGGAGGCCAUCAUGGACCUCGUCGCACACCAGGACGAGAACGUGAUUCCAGUUGCCGCGUUCUACACGACCGACGUGAAAGUUAACUUGUUUGCGAAACUCGACCAAGACGGCAAUGUCGUUGUCCGCCAGACGUUCUUCGACACGAUCGCGAUUUGGCUGCUCGAGCUGCCGGAUCGAUACGACUACGAGUCUAGGCUCAUGCCGUACUUGCUCAGCGCGGUAGCAGACGACUGUCCGGCCAUUUCGUCUCACGCCAUGCAAACGAUCGAAGUCUUGGGCAAGCGGCAUGCGGCAGAGCACCCUGACGACGUAAUCGAGCGCACCCAGUAUGCCGUAGACGGCGCGAUCUUUUGCAACUUUGCCAAGUCAUACCCGGCUCCAUUUUCUGAGCGACCAUCGCUUGGCACUCGCUUGUAUGUCCGCGGCCGAUGCCGCCGAUUUAUCAAUACUCUACUCCGAGAGCUCAGCCACUGGCAAGGCCCGACAAGGAUUCACGCGUCGCGCCUGCUCGUAUGCCUCUUGGUCUACUGCGAGGACUCGGUCACGGUGGACUUGCACUUGAUCAUCCCGCAUUUAAUUCAGAGCUGGGAUGACACGGUGGUGAGAGAUUCGCUUCGCCAAGUUGCUGACUGCUGCGGUCGGUUCACGCAACCGGCCUCGUACGUGCCGCUUUUCUUGCCAUACAUCCGCGGCGAGACUCCUUCCCUCAAGAUCAUCCAGGGCAUGGAAGUGUUGGGCGCGUUCUUCGAUGGCAUGGGCGAUUUAAACCGAAAGAACCUCCUCGCGCAGUUGCCACAGCUGACCGAAGCACUCACGAUGCGAUUUCUCUUGAAUGCGACGACGGUGCAGCCGAUCUUGGCCGACAUCGUGGGUCGCAUCGUGACGCACUUGCAAGGACUGUCCAAUUUGGGCUGCGACCCCUCAUUUGAAUCUCAAGGACGACUCGUGUCCAAGUCGCUUCUAUACGAGCGGUUCCUCCGAAUCUUGCUGGCUCUGCCCAUUUCCACCCCAAAUGCCUCAGCUAGCAUGGUGGCCAUGCAAGAUAUCACGGGCGUGCCAAACGUUCACGAUGCCUACUUUGACGCGACGUGGAUGCACUUGCAACAGGAAUACCCUGUUGCCGCAUGGGUCGACUGGUCACCCACAUGCUACGAGCACCGUGUGCUCGCUGCAUUGCUUCUGCACGGCCUUUCCUCUCGCUGUGUUGAGCAGCACCUGUCGCAAAUCGCGGCAUUUCUGCUGGCCAUUUGGAGCACGCCUUGUGACGCUGACGUCGUCUCCAAGCAAGUAGAGCGACGAGAUUCGCUUGCCAGCAUCAUUGUGACCCUGGCGGCCAAGUUAGAUGCGCCCGGUGAUUUGGCUACGCUUCGGCAGAUCGCAUUGGACUGGCAACACCAAAGGCUCGGUGGUGUUUAGGCGCACCGUGGGCAACCCGUCAUCUUGCAAAAUGCACUAAUGCAUCGGUGAAUUACAACCAGAGAAUCUGGCGCGCACGAUCAUCUUGCGCCAAGUUCUCGGGCUGCGCUGUCGAGGCUGUAAACUCAUUCCAUACUACCCCAGUGGUUUUCGUCAUUUAUGCAAAAAUUACUGCAAUUUUCGUGAAGAAUUCC